AUGGGAGCGAUCAGGCGGCCAGGGGGUUGGGUUAUCGACAGAGGAGGGAGGAGCGAGCUGGUGCAUGGUGAUGGACGUGGACGUACCGAGGGGGCCAUGAUUGGACGAGAGGACUCGAGUGAGGCAGGCAUGAUUUGGUGCGAUGACAGGACUGGUAUUGACAACGAGAACAGAGGCAAGAGGAAAGCAAAGGGGGAAAAGAGGGGAUUAAUCAAUGGGAGACGAAACGCAAAACGGCGUCAGUCAGGGGGUGGUGUGGAAUGCGGUCGCGUUUUGAGUCCGUGUCGUUUCGAGUCGGUGAUGGAGGAGAAAGGAAAAGUCUGGUGGAUUGAGGGGGGAGGGGAGGCGGGACGGGUAGAAACAACGUGGCAGGCUUGGGAACUCGUGCAGGCAGUGAGCAGGUGGUGGUGGAUGGACGAUUGGCAACGGCGGCAAACGGCUCAAAACCAGUGUGGAGGAAUGAUAAGAAAAGCAAAGCAAAACAAGCCCAAGGGGGGACGAGAUCGGCGGGAAAGUGAAGCCAAGGCACGACCACAUCAACAACUGCCAACACGACAGACAUUCAAGUGGAGGCCAAUUAGUGGUUUUAGCAGAUGCAUCACCUCUCUUGACAGUAUCCCCAAUGGUACCGAGGAGACGUAA